GCAGAUUGCGAUAAUGAGGAGGACUGAGUGACCUGGACCGCUGGCCCAGCUGAAACCCGAGUAGCUGUUGAUGCUGAUUGGUGGCGCGCUCAGCCCUUGGUGCUCGAAACAGGAGAAAUGCUACGCUGGCGGCCCGGGCUGAGCGGGAUGGGACCUCUCAAGGCGGUCAUCCUGGAGGAUUUGCUGGGGCCAGAGCGGGCGACCGUUGAAGAGUUUAAAUUCCCCCACACUGCAAUCCAAUCUCGGAUGUGCUAGGGCCAGCCUUUUCAGUGUCGUCACAGCCCCCAGGCCCGCCCACCCUCGACGACAUGCAUCACGAUCCGGUCAGCGAGAUGAGACGGCCGAAUUGGCAAAUCCUCACGGCCCGGGUGGGGUCUGGAGGAGCGUCGGGGCCCUCUCGGAGCACUCCCGAGUGCGAGAGAGCGCUGGAGCAAACCUCUCGAGAGGGACAAACAACCCCCCUUGCCAGCCCAGAUAUCACCCGCAUGUCGUUGCAACGCUGGCCACGUUGCUUUCCGGGUUCUAGUGAUGGAUUUGUCGGGAAUCUGGUCACGGUUACUCCGCAGAUGGGUAAAUGAUACCCCGGUGAGUUGUCUCGACAGUUGAAAUGCAUCCUGGAGUUCAAACUGUUGCGAGAACCCUUGACUGGCAGGGCAUGUAGGAGGGUUAAAGGGUUAGGGUCUGUGAGUUCUCAAGAGAGAAACUUGCCCUCUGGAAAAUGGCCCCCAAAAAAAAGAUUAUGCACAAGGAUGGAGCACUGUGGGAUUCACCGUUACACGUCUCCCACUUUCCACUGCAUCGGCGAGUGACCGAUGAGGAAAGUCAGGCUCGCCGGCAAAUGUGCUUGCAUCAAUCGAGCCUGAUUACGUUGUGGGGACACCACCUUGUAGCGGGGAAGGAGCUAUGGAAUUUAAAACAUCGCACACAUUUUACGGAUAGACGGACAAGAGUAGUUGUUGGUGAGAACCUCGGUCGCAUCUCGCAAGCCCAACUCUUCUCGGCUCACCAGCCACAGCGGCACCUUUCUGCUAAGUAUCUCAAUCUGAGGCUUCGCAUGGAACAGCAACGUCUAUUUGCCUGGAGUGAAGCAUCUGGCUUGCUCGACCUGGACGCCAAACGAAGGGAUAAAGUCCUCGAGUCCAACACCUUCGUUCUGCAUCGCCAGACAGUGCUUGACUUGCUGGUCCAAGUCGAGUGUUUGUUCAAAGAGUUCAAAGAACAUCAAGAGAAACGAAAAUGUCUGAGGGCUGUUCCUGACCAAGAUCAGGUCCUCGAGAACCCUGAAAAAGAUGCGGCCGAGGCCAACUUUCCACUGCCCAAGAGACGGCGGGACUUCAUCAAGAAAGCCAUGCGAAGUCUGAAGGAAUCGUCACAUGAAGCUUCCCAGAGGUUGCAAUGGGUUGCCUUUGACAAGGCCGCUUUUGAGCUUCUCCUCUGCAGGUUCUCAACAUUGAAUGAUAACAUGACUGGAAUCCUCGACCAACGCAUGCAGGUCGAGAUUCACCAUACAGUACAAGACACCAACCGUGGUGUCCUGCAGCUGCACCACAAAAUUAGUGAUUUGUCUCGGCUUGUCAUGGCCCUCAACAUCAGGCUUGAAGCCAGCUCAGCUCUCCCUACAGCACAGCUCACCGUGGCGAAGAAACAAGCGAACGCCGACGGGCUCGAACUAAUAUCGCAGCUUGCCAAGUUCAAAGCCUUUAACGAGUCGAUCGAGUCUGCCCACAAAAGGCCAUUGGACGAGGCAACGGCCAACCAACUAGAGCUCGGAAAACCGGGCGAGAAACGCCUCCUUCUCGAUCGUUCCAUGAUCGAGCUUGACCCAGCAGCCGAUGAGUCUGAUCAGCCGAGAUGUGAGGCUGUCCUUGUCAAAGACGGUGUCAAGAAAAAGGUCUGGGUUGAAUGGAAAGAAUAUGACCCGCAAAGACCGGGGGAUUCAUCACCCCCGAAAGCCGUGAUUGUCGAAAGAGUAGCCAAGCUAGCGGCCCUGCUGAACCAUACACCAAAGCCAGAGGACUUUAGAACACCUCAUUGCCUCGGUUAUUUUGACAGAGGAAGCUCGAACGGGCAAGAGGACGAAGAUGAGGACAUCUUGAAUAUGCGCCUGGGGUUGGUCUUUGAAAGACCAGUAGACAGUGGCCUUGACCCAUCUUCACCUCCGGUGUCGCUCCAUGAGCUCCUCGAGACAACACGAAAGCCACCUGUCACAAAGCGGGUCAAGCUGGCUCAUGCCAUCAGUAAAUGCCUGCUUUAUCUCCAUGCUGUCAACUGGCUGCACAAGGGGCUUCGAAGCCACAAUAUCAUUUUCUUCAAAACCACCAGCGGAGACGUCGACUUUGGCAAACCUUACCUGUCAGGAUUCGAUUUCUCCAGGCCAGCCCGGGCGGACGAAAUGACAGAUAUUCCCGGGCCAGGUGACGACAUUGAGUACAACCUCUACAGGCACCCCAACGCACAAUCAACAAACCCAGACGAACGUGAGCGUUUCAAAAAGAGUUUUGAUAUCUACAGUCUCGGCGUCCUCUUGGUUGAGAUUGCUCACUGGGCAACCGUCGACAAAGUCCUCGGCAUCAACCUCAACGUCGCCCGCGGCAGGCCAUCAUUUGCCCUCAAGGUCCGCGAUAGCCUGCUCGCCACCGACCAAAUCGCGGAGUUGGGCGCUUGCAUGGGGGAGCUUUACGAAGGAGCUACCCAGAAAUGUAUCGCCGGGGGUGAACAACUCGGUCUAUCAGAAAAGGACGACGAAACAAACGACGCAGUGGCGGCUCGCCUGUCAAUGGUCCUCCACGAAAAGGUAGUCAAGAAGCUAGGUGAGAUCCAGGUCUAG